AUGUCCCAAAGUGAGAAGUGGCCUGAUUGGGGCUAUGAAGAGGGGUGCUGGGCACAAGGCACCAACAACAAGGCCAGGCCCAGUGGAAUUGGAACCACCUCCUGGGCAAGGAGGCAAAGGGUCCAAGCUGCAGCUCAGGAGAGGGAUAGACUGGCUGCAGCAGGGCAUGCUGAUGCCUUGGAGGCCCAGGCCAAGGCAGCAGCAAGCAAGGCAGCUUCCAUGAAGAAGCAGGCAGAGGAGGCCCAAGAGGAAGCUGCCAGAAUUGCUGAGGCCUUGGAAGCCUCCAGAAAAAAAGAAAAAUGCCCAUUCCUUGCCAAAAGGAAAAGGGCAGCAAAAGAAAAGGGGGCAAAGAAGGCCUUGCAAAACCUUGCCAAAAGGUUUCCAGCAAAGGAAGCCCUGCAAAACCUUGCCAAAAGGUUUCAAGCAAAGGAAGCCCUGCAGAACCUUGCCAAAAGGUUUCCAGCAAAGGAAGCCCUGCAAAACCUUGCCAAAAGGUUUCAAGCAAAGGAAGCCCUGCAGAACCUUGCCAAAAGGUUUCAAGCAAAGAAAGCCCUGCAGAACCUUGCCAAAAGGUUCCUGCAAAAGACCCUUCUGCUGGCACAAGCCAAGCUUCAAAUCCUUGCCAAAAGGAUUCUGAAAAAAGAACAGGAAACCUUGUCAAAAGGUACAGCUGAGUGGAAAAAGAAAGAAAGGCUGCUGCCCAGUCCAUCCCCAGCCAAGUCACAAGCAGACUGGGGCAGAAGCAGUGGAUCCACCAGCAGCUCUUCCAGCAGCAGUGAAAGCAGCAGCAAAGAGCCCUUGUCAAAAGGGCCUACUGUGCUCACAAUGAAGCCAAACAAAAGGAUUGCUGUGGACUGGCAUGGUGUGCUGGUGAUAAAUGACCAGUACAACAAAGAGAAUACUGAAUGCCUGGAAAGCUUGAAAAAAGCUGGCUAUGAAGUCCACCUCCUCAGCUUCUGUGGCUUCAAGAGGUCCCAGGAAGUGUGGAACUGGGCCUGGCAUGAAUGGGAGGGCUGGACCUCAGUGAACUUCACUUGGAAAAGGUGUGGCCCAAAGGGGAAGGCAGAAUGGCAGGAAGUCAAUCUCCUGCUACUCCAACUUCAAAGCUGCUGUCCAAGAGAUCUUGAGCAGGGAGGAUGA